AUGAAGGAUGAAUGUCAAAACAACCAUGAGGCUGCUCUAAAUCGUAUCAGAGAACUAGAGCAACAGGUUGCUGUAGCCUAUAAUACAAUAAAAGCUCAUGAGGACCAACAUUCUACCAAUGAGUCACAACAAACUUUGGCAUUAUACAAUGAGUUAGUCCAUGAAGAAAAUUGCCAAAAUAAUGAGUCCAUGACCAUAGAUCUCACUUCAAUGAGCGAUAAAUAUAGUGAUGAUGAUGAAGGUUAUGAAGAAAAAUAUAAAUUACGACAAGAAAAUUGUGAGCUCCAACGCCAAUUAGCCCGAAUACAGCAACUAUAUGACAAUGCACAGAAGGAAAUUGCCGAACACAUCAAGGCAACAGAGUCCCUGGUAAUUAACACGGAACGGCUUGAGUCUCUGGUGCACGACCGAAACCUGGAGCUGGAAACACUACGCGCCAAAACAAGCAGCGAGUCUAGAGAGGAUUUGCAGCGCGGGGGGCUGGUCGUAGAUUCUGGAGCCUCACCGUCCACCAGCGCCGCGUGUACCACGCGCCGCGAGACCGCGCCGCGAGCGAAAUGCAGUGCCGUGCUCCCCGCCGGUGCGCCGCUGGCCGCAGUGAUGUGCGACACCGCACUGCCCAACAACGAGCCGCCGUGUGCCGCGCUGCCAAGUGUCGCGCCGGCCGGUGAUGUGCCGCCGGGAGCCGAGCCGCGGAGGGUCGGAGCUCGCGGAGUCUCGAGGCGCGGGGCGUCAGCGACAGCGCCACCGCCCGCGGCGCCCGCGCCCGCUGCGCCGACAGGUGGGGCGCUGCGAGGGCCCGAAAAGGUCGCGACCGCAUUGCCAAACAUCGUCGCGCCCCAGAAAGACUGUGUCCCACGUCUAACGAAAAAGACUAAUAUUAUGAAGUAUUUCCCCGUCAUCGUCAAAGAUAAGCCUAAGUAUACAUGUCUCGUCAACUAG